AUGUUUUUAAGGAAAAGAGUCGCAGUUUUUGCCAUUUUAUUUAUUGGUGCUGUGUAUUGGUUCUUCGGUCCUUCUUCGGCCAAUAUUCCUACAGACGGCGACGACGGUGAUAUAGAUUUCCCAAAAUCCUCAAAUGACGAUACCGCUCCAAAAAAGGAAUCCGGCUGGUUCACCGAGAAACCCAAAAAACAAUCAUCCACCCCGGAAAAAGUAUGGCUGGAACGUCGCGAACGCGUCAAGGACGCCUUCCUUAUUUCCUGGGAUGCCUACAAAACAUACGCUUGGGGGUUUGACGAGUUCCACCCAAUAUCCCGGACCGGUAAACAAAUGGCCUCGAAGGGUCUGGGAUGGAUUAUCAUCGAUGCUCUUGAUACAAUGAUGUUGAUGGGUCUUACGACACCACUCGCUCAGGCCAGAGAAUGGGUACAAACAACCCUAACUUACGACCAAGACCAGGAAGUUAAUACCUUCGAAACAACGAUUCGGAUGUUAGGAGGGCUACUUUCGGCACAUUAUCUCGCGACCACUCAUAAAAUGGAUUCGGGAGUACAAAAGGAAGCGGAUCUAUACCUUGAAAAGGCAGCGGAUCUAGCAGACCGCCUUCUCGGAGCUUAUAAUUCAGACUCAGGCCUUCCAUACGCAUCGGUGAACCUGAAAACAUCAAAGGGUAUCGAAUCCCAUGCCGACGGCGGAGCCUCGUCAACAGCCGAAACUUCGACGCUUCAAUUAGAAAUGAAAUAUCUUUCAAAGCUGAUGGGUGAAAAGGUGUACUGGCAGCGGGCGGAAAAGGCGAUUAAGAUCAUCGAUGACAACCAUCCAACCGAUGGCCUGGUUCCCAUCUUCAUCUACGCUAAUAAUGGGAAAUUUAGGGGUCGAGAAGUCAGACUAGGUAGUAGAGGUGAUAGUUAUUACGAAUACCUUCUUAAACAAUAUCUGCAAACCGGCGAGGAGAUAUAUGCAGAAAUGUAUCAUGAAGCCAUGGCCGGCGUUCAAAAACAUUUGGUGAAAAAGAGCCAUCCAUCGGGGUUCACCUUCAUAGCGGAACUACCAAUGGGGGUCGGGACUACAGUCUCUCCAAAGAUGGACCAUCUAGUCUGCUUCAUGCCUGGUAAUAUCCUCCUCGGUGCCACAAACGGCACCACCGUCUCCGAAGCCCGAAAAUCACCAUCUUGGGGUCAACGAGAGGAAGGAUACCUAACCCUGUCAAGGGAACUAAUGCGUUCCUGCUACGAAAUGUAUAAUGUCACAGCUACGGGCCUCGCCCCCGAAAUCGCGUUCUUCAACAUGGAUGAAUCCGGUCAUGAUGAUAUUGUUAUAAAAUCCCAGGACGCGCAUAACUUGCAAAGACCCGAGACGGUUGAGAGUUUGUUCUUAAUGUGGAGGAUGACAGGGGAUGAAAUUUAUAGGGAGUGGGGCUGGAAGAUAUUUAAGGCGUUCAUGAAGCAUACUACUGUUGAAGGUGGGGGUUUUACGAGCUUGAAUACUGUCCUGACUGUCCCUCCAUCUCAGAGAGAUAACAUGGAGAGUUUUUGGUUGGCCGAAACACUAAAAUAUUUCUACCUUCUAUUCUCCCCGAACGAUCUACUCCCCCUGACUGAGGUUGUAUUCAACACCGAAGCCCACCCUCUACCUAAGUUCAAUCCUAGCCCACUGUUUAAAACAGGUUGGCAGAGGACGAAGAGGCCGGAAGCAAUGAAGGAGCUCAAGGAUCAUGAUCCAGAGGGACGAAGUCACGGGUUGGAGAUGAAGGGACAACAUGAAGAGUAG